GAAUGUUCAGGCAAAAAAUCGAUUUCAACCAUCCAAAGGUAUCAUCUGUACAUGCGUCAGCUACUACAUACUACAUACUACGUACUGCGUACUACAUCAUCCAUAGUAUCGGCCAUAGCAAUCUAGACGCUAGACGAAUAGCUGAACUUUUCAUCCCCGAAUCUAUCAGUUCGCGACUCGUAAAAAAUGGCCGAUCCCCUGAAAUCCCUCCUCACCUGGUCCAUCGCCAACACGGAUACCUCAAACCGAUCCAGAGCACCUCGAGCAGCUCUCCACCCGUCUGAUAAUGAGUCAUCCGGCCCGGAAGUCCAGCUCGCUCCGUCCACUGCAGGACCGGCUCCUACGCCUAAGCCCAGGUCGGACUUGACUUCGGACAUGUUGGAUCAUAUUAUGGGAAAGAGCGACGCGGUAGUCAUGCGGGAAAAGCUCAACAUCGCUCUAGACGAGAAGAACGAUGUGAACGAGCGGGUGUUUGCGUUGGACGAUUUUGAGAUGCUCGUCGAGAUGAUCGACAACGCCAACAACAUCGAAAACAUGCAAAUGUGGCCAAAGAUCAUGACUCUGCUCGAAUCCUCGCAAGAUCCCGUCAUCUGCCACGCUUGUUGGAUCAGCGGGACGGCUAUCCAGAACAACUUGACCGCUCAGAAGGCUUUCCUCGACAAAGACCCUCUACCAAAGAUCUUCUCCCUAAUCUCCUCCAUCCACCCGUCCACCUCCACUGUCAAGAUCUCCCCUCAGACUCGAGCUAAAGCCGUCUACUGCCUCUCCUCUUCCCUGAAGAACUGGCCGGGCGCCGGCGACCUCCUCUCGAACGACAGUAAUCGAGGAUGGAUCAUCCUAAGAGAAGGGCUCCGAGAUCCGGAGAUGACGAUCAGGCGGAAGAUCGCUUUCCUGCUCAACGCCUUGAUCAUCCAGUCGGCGGAGACUCAGGCGGGGGAGGAUGGGAUGAAGAGGAUGUUGGAUGGCAUGACGAGUAACGGGAUCAUCGACGGUCUCGUCUCUUCGUUGACGGAUCCUCUACCUGUCGGAGCGGACGGUGAUGCAGAGCCCGAUUGGGAUUUGCAGGAGAAAUCGUUUGCAGCGUUGAUGAGCGCUGCCAGGAACGGUGGUCUGAAUGGGGAGAACAAGACCGCUCUGGUCCAGGUCAUCAAGAACUGGCGGGGCGCCGAGGGAGGUUUGGACAACGUCGGUCUUAGCGAAUCUGAGGCGGAUGAGGCGUUGGCGAUUCUUGGUGCAUAGAUUUCAAGAGGCGUUUGUAAUAGUAUGAUGACAAUACAGCAAAUUCACGA